UUUGUGCUUGAAAAAAUGUGGGUUAAUUUUGUUGCAGCACUUUACCAUCUAUGGAUAUUCGAGGAGUAAGAUGACUGAUGCGGAACUAAGGAAUAUGAUGAGCAAGACCCUUACUUGUAGGAUCGAUAAAAGGGAGAAUUGCAGUGAAAAGAUGGACGAAUUUCUUAAAAUAUGUUUCUACCACUCUGGUCAGUAUGAUUUCGGGGAAAAUUUUGCACAGUUGGACAAGAAGCUCAAGGAGCAUGAGGGCGGGAGGGUUUCUAAUCGCAUCUUUUAUCUCUCUAUCCCUCUAAACAUUUUAUCGAUGCCGUAAAAUGUGCAAGCACGACAGCUUCAUCUGGUAAUGGUUGGACUAGGGUCAUUUUCGAGAAACCUUUCGGUCGAGAUUCAAAAUCUUCUGCCGCACUAACAAAAGCGCUAAAACAGUACCUAAAUGA